GAGGUGGAGAAGGAGUGGCCAAACUAGAAAAUAUUAGGCAGAUUUCAGCGUCAAGCCUGCACCUCCCUCUCUUGGAACUACAUUUCCUACAAGGUGGACUACAUUUCCCAUGAGACCCUGGGAGCGCGCGCUGAAGACGCUAAGAGACAGCUUCCGGUCUCGCUAAAAGCUGCGUGGUCGACAACCGGAAGGCAGAGUGGACCUGUAUGAUUCCUUUAUUCCUGGGGUUGGUUGUCUUAUCAUGGCUGAAAAUGACAUAGAUAGAACCCAGACUGAGAAACUCCUAAAAAGAGUGCAAGAACUGGAGCAGGAGGUACAAAGGCUUAAAAAAGAACAGGCUAACAACAAAGAUUCAAAUGUGAGAGAAAAUUCUUUAGCAGCUGGAAAAGCUAAGCGUGCAUUUGAUUUCAGUGCUCAUGGUCGAAGACAUGUAGCCCUAAAGAUAGCCUAUCUGGGCUGGGGAUACCAGGGUUUUGCCAGUCAGGAGAACACAAACAAUACAAUUGAAGAGAAACUGUUUGAGGCUCUAACAAAGACUCGACUAGUAGAAAGCAGACAGACGUCCAACUAUCACCGGUGCGGGCGAACAGACAAAGGAGUUAGUGCCUUCGGACAGGUGAUUUCUCUCGACCUUCGUUCUCACUUUCUGAAGGGCAGGGCUUCAGAGGAUUGUAAUGUAAAAGAUGACGUCUACGAUGCUGCUAAAGAGAUUCGCUAUACCCACAUUCUCAAUCGGGUACUCCCUCCAGACAUCCGUGUGCUGGCCUGGGCCCCUGUGGAACCUAGCUUCAGUGCUAGGUUCAGCUGUCUGGAGCGGACUUACCGCUAUUUUUUCCCUCGUGCUGAUUUAGACAUUUUAACCAUGAACCAUGCAGCUCAGAAGUACGUUGGCACACAUGAUUUUAGGAACUUAUGUAAAAUGGAUGUAGCCAAUGGAGUUAUAAAUUUUCAGAGGACUAUUUUGUCUGCUCAAGUACAGCUAGUGGGCCAGACCCUGGAUGAGGAGAAAUGGCAAGAACCUUUCCAGUUAUGUCAGUUUGAAGUGAUUGGCCAGGCAUUCCUUUAUCAUCAAGUCCGCUGUAUGAUGGCUAUCCUUUUUCUGAUUGGCCAAGGAAUGGAGAAGCCAGAGAUUAUUGAUGAGCUCCUGAAUGUAGAGAAAAACCCCCAGAAACCGCAGUACAGUAUGGCCGUAGAAUUUCCUCUAGUCUUGUAUGAUUGUAAGUUUGAAAAUAUCAAGUGGAUUUAUGACCGGGAGGUUCAGGAGUUCAAUGUUACCCAUCUACAACAACUAUGGGCUAAUCAUGCUGUUAAAACACACAUGUUGUAUAGCAUGCUACAAGGACUGGACUCCAUUGCAGUACCCUGUGGGACAGGACCAAAGAUGGAUGGAGUGAUAGAAUGGAGAAAUGUUAAGCCCUCUGUCAUAAAGCAGACCAGUGCCUUUGUAGAAGGAGUGAAAAUGCGCACAUAUAAACCCCUAAUGGAUCGUCCUAAAUGCCAAGGAUUAGAAUCCCGGAUCCAGCAUUUUGUACGUAGGGGACGCAUCGAGCACCCACCUUUAUUCCACGAGGAAGAAACAAAAGCCAAAAGGGACUGUGAUGAUACAAUGGAAGAAGAAAAUACUCUUUUGGAGAAACCAACAAAGAGAGUCUGUGUUGAUACAGAAAUUAAAAGCAUCAGUUAACUCUAACAGGAUCUAGGAGGCAAGAACUAGCUAGUGGUAGGUGAACAGAAAAGAAAUACAACAAAGCAUGUGCUGAAGUCCUAAAAUUCAGAUGAUUAGUUCUUUGAAAAAACGAAACAGAAAAAAAAACAUCCCCCUGCAAACCCAAAGACUAUUAAGCCCUAUAAAAGAUGUUUUAGCCUGAAUAAGAGUUCAAACAUUCUCAUUCCUCCCCAAAAGGAUUAAGAGACAGAAGAUGCAAAGAGCAAUUGGAAAUGGAGAGUUUACAUACACAUGGGAACCUGUGCCUUGUGUUCAAGUUUAUUAAAGCCUGAUUCUGUAAGUGUCUAA